ACCGCCGAGAAGUUCUCGUGCCCCGGGGAGGAUUUUGUUUUUCCCACCCCUGAGCGCCUGGCCGGCCGGACACCGCAGAACAUCCAGGGGGCGCGACGCGGCCCGGGGCUGGUCCCUCGGCCCCCUCCUCCCGGCGGGAGCGACGCCGGUGUGAAAAGUGGGGCGCGGCGGGCCGAACGGGUCCCCGCCAACAGCCAACAUUGAUUUCCUCCGGGCCGAGAGCGACGGCCCGGGCGGCGGCGGGCUGCAGCCGCGGCAGGGCGACAGCAUGUCCAAGCCGGUGGACCACGUCAAGCGGCCCAUGAACGCCUUCAUGGUGUGGUCGCGGGCUCAGCGGCGCAAGAUGGCCCAGGAGAACCCCAAGAUGCACAACUCGGAGAUCAGCAAGCGCCUGGGCGCCGAGUGGAAGCUGCUCACCGAGUCGGAGAAGCGGCCGUUCAUCGACGAGGCGAAGCGCCUGCGCGCCAUGCACAUGAAGGAGCACCCCGACUACAAGUACCGGCCGCGGCGCAAGCCCAAGACGCUGCUCAAGAAGGACAAGUUCGCCUUCCCGGUGCCCUACGGCCUGGGCGGCGUGGCCGACGCCGAGCACCCGGCGCUCAAGGCGGGCGCCGGGCUGCACGCGGGAGCAGGCAGCGGCGGCCUGGUGCCCGAGUCGCUGCUCGCCAACCCCGAGAAGGCGGCCGCUGCCGCCGCCGCUGCCGCGGCGCGCGUCUUCUUCCCGCAGUCGGCCGCCGCCGCCGCUGCGGCCGCCGCCGCCGCCGCCGCCGGCAGCCCCUACUCGCUGCUCGACCUGGGCUCCAAGAUGGCAGAGAUCUCGUCGUCCUCGUCCGGCCUCCCGUACGCGUCGUCGCUGGGCUACCCGACCGCGGGCGCCGGCGCCUUCCACGGCGCGGCGGCGGCGGCUGCAGCAGCGGCCGCGGCCGCCGGGGGGCACACGCACUCGCACCCCAGCCCGGGCAACCCGGGCUACAUGAUCCCGUGCAACUGCAGCGCGUGGCCCAGCCCCGGGCUGCAGCCGCCGCUCGCCUACAUCCUGCUGCCGGGCAUGGGCAAGCCCCAGCUAGACCCCUACCCCGCGGCCUACGCCGCCGCGCUAUGACCCCCGCGGGGCGGCCUCGCCGGGACUGGUGUGCCCACGUGUACAUAUGUAUAGGUACGAGCUCUGCGGCCUCCCCACGCGCCCUCCCGAGACGGGGGCCCCCCGGUGUGUGUGUACAUAAGAUGUAUAGAUGCCA